UAUCCUCCACGGACUUGUCGCUCAAGGCCCAGAAGUCCACACGCCGAGCUUGCAGGCAGCCGCGGCUCCACUCUAGCUCCUGCCGCACCUUCGGCCCUAGCAACGAGAUCCUUCCGAGCUCGCUCGGCUCUUUCCGCCCGAUCGCGCAUUGCUCGCCGGGUCACGCAGCUUUCACCUCCUUUGCCGCCCACGCGCUCAGGACUCCGCAGGCUCCUUGCAGCUCGGUCGCUUAGCCUCCGGCUCCCUGCGAUUCCAUGUUUCAGGCCGACACCGAGGCGCCGCCCUCUCCAGCAGCACAGGAGACGCCACAGCCCGCAGGGCCCUCCGACCGCUCGCCGACCACCAUGGCCCCUCAGCAAACAGGUAGCAGGAAGCGGAAAGCCGCCGAGGCAGAGGAGGGCGCGGGGUGCUCUUCGUCGCCAGGCCCCUCAGCGGCGAUGGCGACAGCCGAAGCAGGCCAAGCCGAGGGGUCGCUGCUGCUGGUCAAGAGGCCGCGGCGGCCCGUGGUUCGCAGUUCCUUGGUGCACUACCUGAAGGGCCGGGCGCUGGGCUAUGAGGGCCACCCGGGGCUGGCGGGCUUCGAGGGCGACCUGCGCAGCUACGGGGUCCUCAGGCUGCCGGAGCUGCUGAGGGAGCGCCAGCUGGCGCUUGGCCCCCUCAACAAGGUGUUCGCAUCGCAGUGGCUAAAUGCCAGGCAGGUGGUGUGUGGCACCAAGUGCAACACGCUUUUUGUGGUCGAUGUCAAGACCGACCACAUCAUGCGCAUUCCUCUGAUGCGCGACAGGGUGCCCGACCUCUCCGGUGGCUCGCCAUCCUGUGGCAUUCAUGCUGUGGAGCUGAAUCCCUCCAAGACCCUCAUGGCCACCGGAGGGGAAAACCCCAACAGCCUGGCAGUCUACCAGCUGCCCACGCUGGAUCCCGUGUGCCUAGGAGAUUGCCAAGGCCACAGGGACUGGAUCUUCGCCAUCGCAUGGAUGAGUGACACUGUGGCUGUGAGUGGUUCCCGCGACGGCACCGUGGCACUCUGGCAGGUGGAUCCCGACAUGUUCAAUGGCAGCAUUGCUUGGCACAAGGAUGCGGGCCUUCCAGUGUAUGCUCACAUCCGUCCUACAGAUAUGGAGGCCAUCCCCAAAGCCACUACCAAUCCUAGUAACCGCAAAGUUCGAGCCCUUGCGUACAGCAACAAAAACCAGGAGCUGGGAGCCGUGUCUCUGGAUGGCUACUUCCACCUGUGGAAAGCCCGAAGCUCCCUGUCCAGGCUGCUGACCCUAAGGCUGCCCUACUGCAGGGAGAACGUGUGUCUCACCUACUGUGAUGAGUUGUCCCUCUAUGCUGUGGGAUCCCAGUCUCAUGUUUCAUUCCUGGAUCUUCGCCAAGGCCAGCAGAAUAUCCCACCACUCUGCUCCCGAGAGGGAGGCACUGGUGUGCGUUCCCUGAGUGUCCACCAGCAUAUUGUCACCGUGGGAACAGGCCACGGUUCUCUGCUCUUCUAUGACAUCCGUGCCCAGAAGUUCCUCGAGGAAAGAUCUGCAGCUGGUCCAGACAUGUUUCCUGUGCCUUCUGGAAGGAAGCUCAAGCUCACCUGUGGCAGCGGCUGGAUCAACCAGGAUGAUUUCUUAGAGAAUUACGUUGCCGGUGUAGAGGAUUUCCCCAACGCACUCUACACUCACUGCUACAACUGGCCAGAGAUGAAGCUCUUCGUGGGUGGGGGCCCACUGGCCUCAGGCCUCCAUGGCAACUAUGCAGGCCUCUGGAGCUAAGGUGGAGCGGGCCCUGAUUAACCAGUGUACUUCUUAGCAGAAGACAGGGGAAGACAGAUGGAGCUGACAGAAGUCGCUUUGAGAAAUUUUCUGCACCAUUCUUUGAACUGUUCAUAGAAAUACUUUCCACUGAUUCUUAGCUGUAUUGUCUUUGAGUGAGUGAUCCAUAUAGUCUAUAUGUGGAAGAAAACCCCCGUUGUAAUGUUAGACUUGUGUAUGUGUUGUGUUAUUUUGCUAUUAGCUGGUUUAAAGAUACUGCUUUUAGUUUUCAUCACGUAUGUGUGAUAUACUAACAAGAUUUUCUAAUAAACAGAGUUUAGACAUCUCUUCUGGAGCGCUAACCAUAGUUUUACGGCAUUGUUCCAAUUUUAAAAUACAUUCCAUGUUCCAGAUUGCCUACUUUUGGAAAAAUGUCACUCAUGAACUGUGAUUAUGGUGUAUAUAGUUUGUAUGUUGUUGGUGCAAAACGCACUUUUCUAAAAAGUUUAUUAUCUGAAAAUAGUUGUCAUAGAAUCUUGUGUAUCUAUCAGAAUCUCAGUUGAUGAGGACGGUUUAGGUAUUCAAGUGUUCAAAUGUUCUGCUAAUUUGAACUUUCAAAAUUAAUCCAAAAAUCAGUAUUUUUCUUUCAAGCCUUAUUUUAGUUUUAUGCUCUGUCUUCUUAUUGAUCAAAGAAUGUACUUGUUUUCACUUCUUGCCUUAGUACUAUCAAGACUUGUGGAUAUAUUUGAAUGUUUGUGGUUGGAGUAACUUACACAGAGUUUCAGUGCCAUCAUUCGAUGCAGGGAUAUUAAGUAUAAAUGUAGAAUGUAUGGCAGAGAGGGCAGAAAAUACACUGCUCUAAGGUAUAGACUGGAUAUUUUUGCUGUUGCUAUUUUUCUUACCAAAUGUUAUAUUUGAACAUAUUUUAAACUUUCAAAUAUCUGCCUAUAAGUUAAGUUAAAAGAAAAAAUGCAAAGAAAGAAAAUGAGCCCAUCCAGCUCACUGUGAAAGAAACACCCCCUCUUUAUAAGCUCCAAAUUAAUUAGAUUUUAUUUUGUGAACUUCAAAGAAUCAUACUAAAAAGUGGAAUAUGUGUGUUACUAAAGCCUCUCAUUCUAUGCCUCUAAAUGUAAUAAUAUGUGAUUGUGACAAUGCAGUAUGAUUUUCCAAUAGAGGAGCUGGGGAUUAAAAAAGAUAGGUAUGAUUGAAGAACUUUGCCAUUCAGAUUAAUAGAGGUAGUGAGAUGGUAUACAGGUGUAUUGAACUUUUUCUUAGGUAAUAAUACUUAAAGUGAUAAAGCAGCCAGGCCUUCCUCAAAACUGGCCAGGAUACGUUAGCUGAGGAUUGGUAUCGAGCCAUGUUUCCUUUUCCUUAAACAUCUGACAUGUAUCUUGCAUUGGUGUUGAUAAACUAUGUGCUGUUCAGUACCAAACCUAAAUUGCUGAAAAAAAUUAAUUGUGAGUUAGAUAUACAAAAUAGUCAAAUGUUUGUUUCUAGAGAUUAUGCAGGUUCAUUCUGCAAAUUAUACCGUUUUGCUACAUAUCUGUGGAGUUCUUUUGCUUGCAUGUAUGGUUCCAACUCUGUUAUAAGUAAUUUGAGAGCAGAGAUUGUAAACUGCCAUCUUUUAUUUCUUUAUUUGUGUACUAAGGCCGAACAAAGGCAAUCAGUUAUUAUUUACUGAUCUUUUUUUUUUUGCCAAUGAAAACCUGCACUUCAAAUUGUAAUAAAUAUUUGCUGUUGCAUAAUAAAGAACCUUGCUGUGUGA